CUUCUUGUUUUUACUAGUAUCUAUUUCUUACAUACAAUACGGUGAUGAAUGUAGAUGAUGAUGAUGAUGUGGCAGUUUUCAUGCAGGAAAAUGAAUCAUGGAGUCCGUCUAAUUCAGAUGAGACGAGGAGAGAAGAAGUGAAUAAGAAGCGAAGUCGAGAAGAGGUUGCGAGUAAAAAUGUUACAGAUUCUAAUCAUUUAUGGAUUGAGAGAGAAAGGAGAAAGAAAAUGAGGAACAUGUACGAUAUCCUUCAUUCUUUGCUUCCUCACCUUCCUUCUAAGGCAGAUUCGUCAACCAUUUUGGAUGAAGCAGUGAAGCAAAUACAAAAUCUACAGCAAACUCUGAAAAAACUAGAGAAACAAAAACAAGAAAAGCUCAAAUCUAUAUAUCAAUUUAGGUGUGAGUCCUCUACGAUUAACUCGCAGAGGCAUCCCUACAAAUCAAGGGAGGUAUUCAUAUCCGGUGAAGGAUCUUCGAGUUCUAACUCGGUUAAUGCAUUUUCAACACCUCGACCAACGGUAGCUUUUCAAUCGUGGUAUUCUUCAAAUGUUGUGUUGAACAUUUGUGGAGAUGAAGCACAAUUUUGCAUAUGUGCAACUAGGAAGCCAGGACUCUUGACCACAGUUGCUUUUGUGAUGGAGAAACAUAGUAUUGCUCUCAUUUAUGCCAACAUUUUUUGCAAUGGUAUUGGAUACAUGAUUCAAGCCCAUGUGAAACGAGUUUCACAUGAAUUUCAAGAUGCAAUUAUCUUAGCGGAGGAAACUUACAAGCAAGCGGCAGAAGAAAUUAAGAAGUUGAUCUCUUAAAAAAAUUGUCUUCUCAUCUUGUGUAAUGCUAUACUGUUAUAUUUCCUUAGAAAAAAAACCAAUUAAUUAGAAAGCCUUUUGUGGUCAAACUUGGAUGGUUCUUUGAGCGAACGGGUAUAAUCUUUCAUUAUUUUGGUGUUUAAAUUUGUGUACAGACUUUUCUGAAUAUGAUGAAAGAGUAAUGUUUUUGGUAUUCA